UGGAGAUCCCUAGACCGCCAAGAGCGAGAGGAUGGAUCGUUUGGUGCGGAGGGUGCGCCGGAUACAGCAGCACCCGGUCGGGCAGGUGCGCAGAAAGGAGGUUCGCCCGAAGUCGGGGACUCCCCCGAAAGCCUUCGACGUGGACAACGUGUACGCCGAGAUGACUGUUCGCACGAAGAACCGCGAGAUAGAGUACCGCGGCCCUUAUUCGCCCCUGUACUCGGCGAUCUACCCCGUCGUUUGCGUGACGAGGGUGUUCGGCUUGGCGCCGUACGAUUUCGUGGCCGACCGGAUGACCACGUCGGUCUCUUAUCUCCUUUUCUCCCUCGUUUUCCUGGUCGUCUACUCUUACAUCAUGUACAUAGUGUUCCUGAGGUUCAUCAGCCUGAAACGAGAGAAGUCUAUCUUGAGCGUCGUCGAAACGACUAAGGUGAUCGUCAACUAUCUGGUGGUUAUGUACGAGUUGAUCUCGACCAUGUUCGACUGCAAGGCGUUCGUCAAGAUCUGGAACACUCUGCAGGACUUCGACGAGAAGCUGCGCCAGUUGGGCUAUCCGCGGAAGGAAGGUACCGUCGAGGUCGCGACGUGGGCUCUCCUGUUCAGCCAGGCUGUCGUCUGGACCAUGGUCAAUCAGAGCGGAAUGUACGCGUUUAAGGAGACCUGGAUGUUCAACGUGAGCUACAUGCUGACCUACGUCGGCACCGCCGUCUCCGUGUACAAGUUCUUCGGCAUAGUGACGUUCUUCGGGCAACGCUUCCAUCAGCUGAACCGGAUCACCAGGGAGAACCUACCGGCCCGGGUCGGCUACAAGAGCACCAUCCUCAGCAGAAAGACGAUCCAAGAACUGCACAACGAGCUAAUGUUGGUCGCGGAGACGCUCGGCUCGCUCUACUCGUUGUCCCUGCUGUUCUGGCUGUUCAAUCUGAGCGUGCACAGCGUCAGCAACCUCUACUUCAUCUUUGACUGGAUAAUCUUCGCGUCCUUGAAGUCGAUAGCCUGGCCUUUGAUACUAAACAUGAGCCUAUGGCUGGUCGGGUUUGCCAUGCAACUCCUGGCGCUUCACAUCGCCUGCGAUUACACGGCUACCGAGGCGAACUCCAUGGGCGCUCUCCUCCUCGAAUGGGACACCAGGACGAUGACCAGGUUCCCGGACGACGACACGGUGCGCACUUCGCUGCGCUUCCUGAUCAGACGCCUUCAGUUCUCCGCGGGCGGCCUCUUCGACGUGAAUCUGCUGCUACUGCGCUCGAUCAUCGCGGUGAUGUCGACUUACCUGAUCAUCCUGCUGCAGUUCCCGGCUUAGGAGUCCGCGGGAACUUUGACGACUGGCGUGCCAGUCGAUCGAGGGAAUCGACUCGCUUCUCGAUCGAACGCCGGGGUGAAUUUUAUACGUCGAAGAUAUUCGAGGCAAGCGAUCGCCGCUCCAGCGA